CAAAAACGAAGUCAUUGAAAUUGGGACCACAAACAAAACGUUCCACAUGGCGUUGAUGAUGCGAAAGCUGCGGGUCGGUGGCGGUGUCGCCCGAUGGACGACUGCCGUGCGGAGUUUGCACCAUUUCAAUGCUCCUCGCCUCGCCGACCUGGUCCUCGUGCGCCAUGGAGAGAGCGAAGGCAACGUGGCGCGGGAAAUGUCAAUCAAAGGAGAUCACAGUUUGUACAGCGGCGAGUUCAAAAAUCGGCACAGCUGCAACUGGCGGUUGACCGACCGUGGUCGCGAACAGGCAGAAGCGGCCGGCGAGUGGCUGCGCAAAGAAGACUUGGCGUACUAUGAUCGGUACCUCGUUUCCGAGUACUUGCGCGCCAUGGAGACUGCCGCCCGGUUCAACUUGCCCGACGCCCAAUGGUACGCGGAAAUGCUGCUUCGCGAACGAGACUGGGGCCAAAUGGACCUCAUGUCGGAAGCCGAGCGCGGCGUGAAAAUGCAGGACGAGCUCAAGCGACGGGACCUCGACCGGUUCUACUAUGCACCACCGGGCGGUGAAUCGCUCGCGACCGUCGCGCAGCGCGUGGACCGGUUGAUGUGUGUGUUGCAUCGCGAAUUGCCUGGCAAGAAGGUGUUGUUGGUGUGCCACGGGGACGUCAUGUGGGCGCUCCGCACGCGUCUCGAACGCAUGAGCCAAGACACAUUCCGCGAACUGCAGAUGAGCGGCCGGAUGGUGGACCAGCUGCACAACGGCCACAUUCUCCACUACACGCGGACGGACCCGACGACCGGCAAGGUCGCGCCGUUCUUCACGCACAUGCGAUCGGUGUGUCCAUGGAACGAAAAGCUCAGUCCCAAGGGCUGGAUCAAGAUCAACCGACCAGUGUACGACAACGAGAUGAUGCUGGCAAUCGCCGAGCGCGUGCCACGUAUGAUCGUGUCGGAGGAGUACAUCCAGCAAACGUACCGCCAGGAAAGCAGCAGCAGUUUGCAUCCAAACAUUGAGAGUCCGUUCGAUCCGUCUGUGCCGUCGCCCAAGAUUGCGCUCAACAAGGUGGUCGUGGUCAACAAGAUGACGCGGUACCAGCACGAAGAGUCGCUGUAUGGCAACACGGGCGAAGCGCUCAAGAAGCAAAUGUCCAUGCGCGGGUUCGUGUACGAUCGGCUCAAAGCCAGCCAUGACCACCACAUGGACGCUGUCGACGACGUCACAACCUGUCUCAAGGAGCAUGAGAUUGCAGUGUCCGUGGUAAACGCGCAUGAGUUGUCACAUGAAGCGUACGAUGGCGCAGACAUGGUGUUCUCGGCGGGGGGCGACGGCACGUUCUUGAAGGCCGCGAGCUUUGUCAACAAACCCAUCCCCCUGACAGGACUCAACACGGACUCGGCGCGCAGCGAAGGCAAUCUGUGCUGCUACUCGAUCGACGCUACAUGUAAUCGGUUCGUCGUGGGCCUCGAGCGCCUGCUCAAAGGCGACUUUGAGUGGCGCAACCGCCAACGCAUUCGGGUGGGUAUGGUCAACCAGGAAGGGUUCAAGUACGAACUGCCUCGGUAUGCCCUGAACGAGGUGUUUAUCGCUGAAUCGGACGCGUCUCGGCCGUCGUUUUACAACAUUGGCAUUGACCAGCACCAGCGAGAAUCGCAUCGUAGCAGCGGCAUCAUUGUGUGCACAGGCACCGGGUCCAGUGCGUGGUAUUACAGCGCCUCUCAAAUCCAUCGCGAACAAAUCUCGAGCAUCUUGCACGCAAUGGACUUUCACAGCUACACGAACGAAACGGUCACGGAAAUCACGGAAAGGUGACAAUUAUAUAUAUAUAUAUAUAUAUAUAUAUAUAUAUCCUACCGCUGUUGUUUUGACAAUAAUAAAAAUACGACUACUUGAACAAGGGAAAAAAGGCAAAGUGAGAGUGAUGGUGUAGGUUGAACAAGGACAACGUGUUUGCCGAAGACUCGCUCGAUAUGGGCUACGUCGUGCGCGAACCUAUCAUCAACGCCACGUUUGGUGACAUUCGAUUCCGAAAGGGCAAGGCGCGCCGCGUGUCGAUGCGAUCGCUCGGGUGGGAUAUGAAGGUCAACCUUGACGGAUUGUACUCGGUGCCCCUCAACUAUGGCGUGCAAGCCGUGAUGAAGAUCUGCACCGAGCCCCAGUAUGCCCUCCGCACGGUCGAUUUCAGCAAAGGCGACAACCCCAGACUCGACAACAAGUUUAAGCCGCGGAGUUAAGUUAUAGCAGUACUACACACACACGUACUUGUGAUGCCCAGUGUACGUACGUAGUACAGGGGGUUAGACUUUCCAGCACUCUACCGUUAACGUACGUCGAGUUCCAAUUGUUAAGAGACACGAUUGAAGGGACAUCGGAUUCAGCCAAUCACCGACCUUGAAAGUUGUGUCGAAAUACCUCUUUAAAUAAAUGUUCUUCUUGAU